UACGCUUUUCUCAUCCAAAUGCCUCAAGAGGAAGACAAUUUCGAUUCCCAGGUUCUGGGUUCUUCGUUCUCGCUCUCGCUUCCUUCUGAGCCUCCUGACAUCAGAAACUGGUUCUCAAGUUAUGAAUAUGAAUCCCCAGCAUCGGAUACUCUCAAUGAUUUCGGGUGCUCUUCUUUUAAGGGAAGCCAGUGUGAGAAAGAGGAGCUUGAUACUGAAGAGAGCAACAGAGUCAAGGAUGAGAAUUUGGGGGAAUUCAUGAACACUGAACUCAUAGAUGAAUUGGCUUCUGGUGAGAAGACAGGUCCAAAUGCAUUUGUUGAAUGCAAAAGAGAUGAUAAGCUUGAAAACCCCUAUGUGAAUGAGAGGAAUCAUGAUAAUGAAGGGAAUAAAGACCGGUAUGGUUGGAAUGAUUUGUGCUCCGGCAAGAUAAGUGAUCAAGGCUGGGCUGAUAGCACACUGCAAAACCAUGAUACUGAGCCAACCAAAAAUGUCAAGCAAUCAAGUAGGAAUAAUGAAGAUUCUUUGCCAGAGUUGGAAGGGAAAUUCUCUCUGAAAUGCUCGAAAACUAACAAAGGUAUUGGCAAGAAUGGCAGAAGAUCUCCAAUAAAGUUGGUUCAAAGGAAGGGUUUCAUCCAAAGGAACUCAGAAGCUAACUCCCCAACUAAAGGAGUUGGUCCUGUAUCAUCUGAAUGUGCUUCAGACAGGAUUGUAGUUAAUGGGGAUUCUAGGAAAAAGACAAGCCUGGUGAGCAAUGACAAGGAGAAUGGUGGAAAAGAAUUAGCAGAAAAUGGUUUUGUUUCUACCAGGAAAAACAGAUGCAGAGGAGAGAAUGAUCAUAACCAUCUUAAUAAGCCACAAGAAUUUCAGUUGGUGAGUUCGAGAAAUACAGGGAUGGUUUUGUCAACUGGUGAAAAGAAUGUUGGGGAAAGGAGGAAGGUAUUGUCAGAAAAAACCAAUCUUCAACACUCAGAUGUUACAGAGAUAGCUGGAAAAUGGAAGUGUCCCCAGAAAAGCAAGCCAGAUCUUGGACCACCAUUGAAGCAGCUUCGACUUGAGCAAUGGGUUCAUCGCUUAUGAAAACAUCAUUUUGAGAAGACAGAAACUCAGAUGUCAAGCAAUGGCCAUCUUCUCUAUGUAUCAAUUAUUCUGUCAUCCUUAAAAACUGAAAGAAUUGUACAACCUACAAAGCCCACAGGAAAUAAAAUUAGUGGGUACUAAUACGAGAUCCAUUGCUUUUAUAAUAAGAGGGAAUAUUCAAAAUUAUGUG